GUAGAUGUGGUGGCCAUGCUUGUGUCGUCACUCAGGGGCACCAGGCCGCCAGCCUGCCUCCCCUUCCUGCCUUGCCAGGUGGGACUCAACCACACGGGCAGGCCCAGGGCUGGGAAUGGGGGGAGGCUGCACCCUGAAAAUGCAGAUCUUCCCCCAGAGAUACCCCCAUUUCCGGGUGUUCCAGCCUUCCCAGGCCACCCCCGGCCCCAUCUGGGUCCUUUGGAGAAACAGAUUGUGCCGGCUCUCUCCCUCCCGCCAUCGGCAGAGCUCCUGGGCUCCACCAAGAAGAUCAAUGUCAACUUCCAGGACCCAGAUGGCUUCUCGGCCCUGCACCACGCGGCCCUGAACGGCAACACAGAAUUGAUCACCCUGCUGCUGGAGGCCCAGGCUGCUGUGGACAUCAAGGACAACAAAGGCAUGCGGCCACUGCACUAUGCGGCCUGGCAGGGCCGGAAGGAGCCCAUGAAGCUGGUGCUGAAGGCGGGCUCGGCGGUGAACAUCCCGUCUGACGAGGGCCACAUCCCUCUGCACCUGGCAGCCCAGCACGGUCACUAUGAUGUGUCCGAAAUGCUGCUACAGCACCAGUCCAAUCCGUGCAUGGUGGACAACUCGGGGAAGACGCCCCUGGACCUGGCUUGUGAGUUCGGCCGCGUCGGGGUGGUCCAGCUGCUUCUAAAUAGCAACAUGUGCGCGGCCUUGCUGGAGCCCCGGCCGGGGGAUACGACCGACCCCAACGGCACCAGCCCCCUGCACCUGGCAGCCAAGAACGGCCACAUUGACAUCAUCAGACUCCUCCUCCAAGCCGGCAUCGACAUAAACCGCCAGACCAAGUCUGGCACAGCCCUGCAUGAGGCCGCGCUCUGCGGGAAGACAGAAGUGGUCCGGCUGCUGCUGGAUAAUGGGAUUAAUGCCCACGUGAGGAACACCUACAGCCAGACGGCCCUGGACAUCGUGCACCAGUUCACCACAUCCCAAGCCAGCAAGGAGAUCAAACAACUGCUUCGAGAGGCCUCGGCGGCCCUGCAGGUCCGGGCGACCAAGGAUUACUGCAACAAUUACGACCUGACCAGCCUCAACGUGAAAGCUGGGGACAUCAUCACAGUCCUAGAGCAGCAUCCGGAUGGCCGGUGGAAGGGCUGUAUCCAUGACAACCGGACGGGCAACGACCGGGUGGGCUACUUCCCGUCGUCCCUGGGCGAGGCCAUCGUGAAGCGAGCAGGUUCUCGGGCAGGUACUGAACCAAGCCCAUCCCAGGCAGGCAGCUCACCGGGGCCCUCUGCGCCCCCCGAGGAGAUCUGGGUGCUGAGGAAGCCUUUUGCAGGUGGGGACCGCAGCGGCAGCCUGGGCAGCGUGGCUGGUGGACGAAGCAGUGGGGGCCACACCCUGCAUGCGGGCUCCGAAGGGGUCAAGCUCCUGGCGACGGUCCUGUCACAGAAGUCGGUCUCUGAGUCCAGCCCUGGGGACGGCCCCGCCAAGCCUCCAGAGGGCUCCACAGGUGCAGCCCGGUCCCAGCUCCCAGCGGCCCACGCAGGGCAGGUGUAUGGGGAGCAGCCACCCAGGAAGCUGGAGCCAGCCUCGGAGGGCAAGAGCGCCGAGGCCGUCGGCCAGUGGCUCGCCACGUUCCAGCUGCAACUCUAUGCCCCCAAUUUCAUCAGCGCUGGCUACGACCUGCCCACCAUCAGCCGCAUGACCCCGGAGGACCUCACGGCCAUCGGGGUCACCAAGCCAGGCCACCGGAAGAAGAUCACCGCAGAGAUCAGCGGCUUGAGCAUUCCCGACUGGCUGCCUGAGCACAAACCCGCGAACCUGGCCGUGUGGCUGUCCAUGAUCGGCCUGGCCCAGUACUACAAAGUGCUGGUGGACAACGGCUAUGAGAACAUCGACUUCAUUACCGACAUCACCUGGGAAGACCUACAGGAGAUCGGCAUCACCAAGCUGGGCCACCAGAAGAAGCUGAUGCUGGCAGUGAGGAAACUGGCGGAGCUGCAGAAGGCAGAGUACGCCAAGUUCGAGGGGGGACCCCUGCGCCGGAAGGCCCCGCAGUCGCUCGAGGUGAUGGCCAUUGAGUCACCUCCCCCGCCCGAGCCUGCCCCGGCUGACUGCCAGUCUCCCAAGAUGACCACCUUCCAGGACAGCGAGCUCAGUGGUGAGCUGCAGGCUGCCAUGACUGGCCCGGCCGAGGGGGGCGCCGCUGCCGCCGCCGCCGCCGCCGCCGCCACCGCCACCACUGCUGAGAAGCCCUCCAACCACCUGCCCCCGACGCCGAGGGCCUCCGUGCGGCAGGAGCCCAGCCUGGGUGGACAGGCGCGGCACAUGAGCAGCUCUCAGGAGCUGCUGGGGGACGGGCCCCCUGGGCCCGGCAGCCCCAUGUCACGAAGCCAGGAGUACCUGCUGGACGAAGGGCCAGCCCCUGGCACCCCACCCAAGGAGACCCGGCCCAGCCGCCACGGCCACAGCGUCAAGCGGGCCAGCGUGCCUCCGGUGCCUGGCAAGCCGCGGCAGGUCCUUCCGCCAGGUGCCAGCCACUUCACACCUCCCCAAACGCCCACGAAAGCCCAGCCGGGCUCCCCUCAAGCCCUGGGGGGGCCUCAUGGUCCAGCCCCAGCCACAGCCAAGGUGAAGCCCACCCCGCAGCUGCUGCCACCAACAGAACGACCCAUGUCACCCCGUUCGCUGCCUCAGUCACCCACACACCGCGGUUUUGCCUACGUGCUGCCCCAGCCCGUGGAGAGCGACGCAGGGCCGGCCGCUCCCGGGCCCGUGCCCGUGCCCGCGGCCGCCCCCCCGCCCGUGCCCACACUGUGCCUGCCUCCGGAGGCUGACGCGGAGCCAGGGCGGCCCAAGAAGCGUGCCCACAGCCUGAAUCGCUAUGCGGCAUCCGACAGCGAGCCAGAGCGGGACGAGCUGCUGGUGCCAGCCGCCGCAGGGCCCUACGCCACCGUCCAGCGGCGCGUGGGCCGUAGCCACUCGGUGCGAGCGCCCGCCGGAACCGACAAGAAUGUCAACCGCAGCCAGUCCUUUGCGGUGCGGCCCCGAAAGAAGGGGCCGCCCCCGCCCCCGCCCAAGCGCUCCAGCUCAGCCAUGGCCAGCGCCAACCUGGCAGAUGAGUCGGCGCCAGAUGCUGAGACGGAAGGGGCUGGGACCGAGGAUGGCCGGCUGGGGGUCCGGGCACAGCGCCGGCGGGCCAGCGACCUGGCUGGCAGCGUGGACACCGGCAGCGCUGGCAGCGUGAAGAGCAUCGCAGCCAUGCUAGAGCUGUCAUCCAUUGGGGGUGGGGGCCGAGCAGCCCGCAGGCCCCCCGAGGGCCACCCCACGCCCCGCCCCGCCAGCCCGGAGCCAGGCCGGGUGGCCACGGUGCUGGCCUCGGUGAAGCACAAGGAAGCCAUUGGGCCUGACGGCGAGGUGGUGAACAGGCGCCGCACCCUCAGCGGGCCUGUCACGGGACUCCUGGCCACCGUCCGCAGGGCGCCUGGGGAGUCAGGGGGGCCUGCAGACCACGGCCACUUUGUGGAGGAUGGGAGCGCCCGGCAGCGGUCUCGAGGUCCAGCCAAGGGAGAGGCGAGUGGGGAGGGCCCGCCCCUGGCCAGAGUGGAGGCCAGUGCCACGCUCAAGAGGCGCAUCCGGGCCAAGCAGAGCCAGCAGGAGAGCGUCAAGUUCAUCCUGACGGAGUCUGACACGGUCAAGCGCCGGCCCAAGGCCAAGGAGCGGGAAGCAGGUCCUGAGCCGCCGCCGCCGCCACUGUCUGUGUACCAGAAUGGCACGGGCACCGUGCGCCGCAGGCCGACCUCUGAGCAGACUGGGCCCCCGGAGCUGCCCCCGCCGCCCCCACCUGCAGAACCCCCGCCUUCCGACCUGAUGCACCUUCCCCCGCUGCCCCCACCUGACACGGAUUCCCGGAAGCCAGCCAAGCCGCCUGUCUCUCCCAAGCCCAUGCUGGCUCAGCCUGUUCCCAAGAUCCAGGGCUCACCCACACCUGCCUCCAAGAAGGUGCCGCUGCCAGGUCCUGGCAGCCCAGAGGUGAAGCGCGCCCACGGCACGCCGCCGCCCGUGUCUCCCAAGCCGCCGCCGCCGCCCACGGCGCCCAAGCCGGCCAAGGCCGCGGCGGGGCUGCAGUCGGGCAGUGCCAGCCCGUCGCCCGCGCCCUCGCCGGCUCGCCAGCCACCCGCCGCCCUCGCUAAGCCGGCCAGCACGCCGCCCUCGCUGAGCGCCAGCCCCGCCAAGCCCCCGUCCCCCGGCGCGUCCGCGCUGCACGUGCCCGCCAAGCCACCGCGCGCCGCCGCCGCCGCCGCCGCCGCCACCACCGCCACCGCCGGGCCCCCCGCCGCGCCCGACGGCGCCUCGCCGGGAGACAGCGCCCGGCAGAAGCUGGAGGAGACGAGCGCGUGCCUGGCGGCCGCGCUGCAAGCCGUAGAGGAGAAGAUCCGGCAGGAGGACGCGCAGGGCGCGCGCCCCUCGUCCGCGGAGGAGAAGAGCACCGGCAGCAUACUGGACGACAUCGGCAGCAUGUUCGACGACCUGGCCGACCAGCUGGACGCCAUGCUGGAGUGACGCGGCUGCUCACGUCGGGCCCGCCCGCGCCGCCCGGGGCCCCCGGCCCGCACACUGACCUUUACCUCAGGGUGGGCACCUCUGGGCGCAGCGCGAGCGGGCAGGGCGGAGGGCCGACGGGGGGCCAGGCGGGCAGGGGCGGGCCCGUGCUGCCCAUCCCCUGCACAAGCACAACUCCUGCCCCCUGGGCCCAGGCCGGACGGCCGGCCUGGAGGACUGCCUGGCCAGGGGACCCGAGGGCUCUAAGUAAAUGCUGCUGCCCGGCGGGUGCCCGUCCCCGUCUGCUGCUCCCUGUGCAAUAACUGCUGGGCCACACCCGCCCACCCGCGCCGGGCUCUGCCUGCUGCGGGCGAGGAAGGGCAGCCCCUGGCCCCCUGCCCUGAGGCCAGGCCGGGUCUGCCCUGGGAGGCAGUGGGAGGCGGACGGUCGCUUUGGCCCCCUCCCCGAUCUGUGGCAGAGCACAGGCCUACGCCCAGCACAGAACUGCCCAUUGGGGACUUCUGCCAGCCGCUCCAGCGCAGCACAAGGGACUGGGGCUGGGAUCACGCCCCCUGCCCCACUGUACCCCCCCAGAAUAUAAGCUAUCGAGAGUAUUAAUUUAUUGGGAAUGAGCUGAGGCAGAUUUCCCCAGAGAAACAAAAAGGUAUAACUUUAACAAAUAUAUAUUUAAAGAAAGAAAAAAUAUUAUUGAUUCUAUAGAAAACCAUUUACCAACUGUAAGGACACUGAAGUCUAGCUCAAGACAAAAGCUGUUAGAGGCCCUGGCUGUCUGUCUGUCCAUCCUUCCCUCCCUCCGUCUAGGACACCUGGCCCAGUAGCACAAACAGGAGGCUGGGGUCCGGGAGGGUCCGUGCUCCGCUAGGGCCUCCCCUCGCUCUCCUAACUUCUCUGCGUCUGAAGAACUCGAAGGAUGUGCCUUGCUCGCUGCUGGGCUGUGUCCUCCACACCGUGGAGCCGGUGGGGAGGGGCUCCCUGCUCUCCCAGGGUGCCGGUGUGAGGCGCGCCUGGGCUCCGGGGGAGCCGUGCGUGCAGCGUGGGCACGUCAGCUGGGUGACCUCGGUGGGUGCAGGGCGUGCAUGCCAGGCUGCGUGUGGCGUGUGUCAGGGUGUGCCUGACCCUCCCUCCUCAGGGCUCCUCGCUGGCCCCGUACAGACAGCCUGCCCUCCCCCAUCUGAGUUCCCAUGGACGCUUCUGCUCAUGGUCCAAGGCUGUGUCGUGUGGUCGUUCUUGCCCUCUCUCUCUUUUCCUCUCUCUCCCCUUUCCAAAAAGUACUGACUGGCCUCCUCUAUUGUGUUUGCUGAUCCACGUGUGUUGGGCACAACUUUGACGUUUCUUAAAAAAAAAAAAAAAAAAAAAAAAAAAAAAAAAAGAAUUUAAAAACGCCGAAAACCAGCGGUUGCGAGGCGGGCGGGUGGAAGGGGUCAGCCAAGGUGGCAUCUGAGCGUGUGGGCCCUUUCCAGCUGUCAUGCCCUGAUACUUCCCCAGGUGGGUGUGCCUGGCCUCUCUUCAACGGGCGGCCCAGGCUGGGGCUCCAGCAAGUGGGGAGGGGGGUUCCGGGCAGGGAGCUACUGUCAGCUGUCAAUAAACAGCAGAAAACAGA